AUGCGUAGUCAGGUCAAAGACCGAGGCCCGGAGGCCACGAGGCGGUUCUUCAACUGGUUUUACUGGAGCAUCAACCUGGGGGCCAUCGUGUCUCUGGGCGGCAUCGCCUACAUCCAGCAGAAUGUGAGCUUCGUCGUGGGCUAUGCCAUCCCCACCGUGUGCAUCGGCGUGGCCUUCGUGGUCUUCCUCUGUGGCCAGAGCUGCUUCGUCACCAAGCCUCCUGACGGCAGUGCCUUCACGGAUGUGUUCAGGAUCCUGGCGUACUCGUGCCGCCCCCAGAAGCACGCGGGGAAGCGCAGGGCCAGUGGUGAAGGCGUUGACGUCUCUCAGCAACCUUCUAAACACAGUCUGUUUGAUUCAUGUAAGAUGUCUCGAGGAGGGCCAUUCCCAGAGGACAAAGUGGAGGACGUCAAAGCCCUCGUCAAGAUUGUCCCCGUCUUCCUGGCUCUGAUCCCUUACUGGACGGUGUACUUCCAAAUGCAGACAACAUACGUUUUACAGAGUCUUCACUUGAAGAUCCCAGAAAUAUCAAGUGUUACAACCACCCCUCACACGUUCCCGGCGGCCUGGCUGACCAUGUUCGACGCUGUGCUCAUCUUGCUGCUGAUCCCGCUCAAGGACAAGCUGGUGGACCCCGUCCUGAGGAGGAACGGCCUGCUGCCCUCCUCCCUCAAGAGGAUCGCCGUGGGCAUGUUCUUCGUCAUGUGCUCGGCCUUUGCUGCAGGGAUCCUGGAGAGCAAGCGGCUGGGCCUGGUGAGAGAGAAGACCAUCAACCAGACCAUCGGGAGCGUGGUCUACCACGCGGCCGACCUGCCCGUCUGGUGGCAGCUCCCGCAGUACGUGCUCAUCGGCAUCAGCGAGAUCUUUGCCAGCAUCGCAGGUCUGGAGUUCGCCUACUCGGCCGCCCCCAGGUCCAUGCAGAGCGCCAUCAUGGGUCUGUUCUUCUUCUUCUCCGGCAUCGGCUCCUUCGUGGGCUCGGGGCUGCUGGCCCUGGUGUCCACCCCGGCCAUCGGCUGGAUGAGCAGCCACACGGACUUCGGGAACAUCAACAGCUGCUACCUGAACUACUACUUCUUCCUCCUGGCUGCCAUCCAGGGGGCCACCCUCCUGCUGUUCCUCAUCGUCUCUGUCAAGUAUGACCGCCAGCGGUCCAGGGCCAGUGGGGUGCCUGCCAUGGCCUCUGGGAGGGCCUGACCCGUGCUCCGCAAGGCCGGGGCGUCGACGUUGUGAGCACUCCUGUGUUACUGAAAUGACUUGCCCCCACUCCCAACGGAUGAGCAAGUGCCUUACUGCCCCGCUCCUGCCACCCCGCACUGUGGCAGUGGGGCGGGCACGGGCGCGCUCCCCUUCCUCCUGCUGGAGCCCUCAGCCGCCGACCCGCUUCCCGCCCGACACGUGGACGGACUCUGACCACACGGACCAGCCUUUAGACCGGCCGCUCCGGGCUGGUCCCGUGUCAGUGGGGGCCGCACUGAGGCCCCGUCCAGGGCAGCUGUGUGUGUGGGGGGGGUUGUUUGGUUCGUUUUAUCUGCUGCUUCAGAGAAAGUCGUGAAACCGGGACUUCACCUUUCUCUCGUCAGUAGCACGUGCAUCAGCAAAGCAGAAGGCCCGUCACCUCUGACGGUACAGUUCAUACCUCUGGGAGUUCACGGAAACCCCACCAGGCAGUGAAGGGGGCGGGGGUCCCGGUGACACAGAGGACUGGCUUGGGGAGGGGUCAGGACAAGGUCACUUGGGCAGAACCGCCCUUGUCGCUGGAAAACCACUCCCAGUGUUACACGUGAACCCCAGCUGUUCGACUGGUGUCCUGGUGAGCCUGGCUCUGCUCCAUGGCCGAGAGUUCUGUUGUUUGUUAAAUAAAGGGUUCUAUAUUUGUUGA